UUCCAUCAAAUCGAAAAUCAUCCAACCUGCAGUGGGUUCUGGCUGAAAAUGAACGUCAUCCAGAAUCUGCUGUCGGCGGUCUCGCCACAGCCUGACGGUGAUUUUGUGGACAAGCUCAACUACUGUGCCACGACCAUUGGCCUGGUACUUGCAUCCGCUUUUAUCACCGGAUGGAGUUUUGUUGGCAGUCCGAUCGACUGUUGGUUCCCAGCGUAUUACAAGGGCUGGUGGGCAGAAUACGCAUUAGACUACUGUUAUGUACAGAACACGUUCUUUGUCCCGUUCUCCGAGGACAAAGCCGAACGAAGCUACAACUGGGAGCAGUUGGUGGCCGAUAAACAGAAUACGACAUCUCUGAAACAGACGAAUCAAAUCGGUUACUACCAGUGGGUGCCGUUCAUUUUGGCUCUUCAGGCCAUGCUCUUCUAUUUUCCAGUUGUUAUUUGGAGGCUUUUUUAUGGAAUGGCUGGCCAAAACGUGACAUCCCUUUGCAAUACAUGCACCGCCACCGAGGGAAACGAAGAAUCCAGAAAAGGAACAAUUACCACAAUUGCUGGUUAUAUUAGCCAGAAGAGACAUCGAAACUUGAUUGUGAAACAGCUGUCCGGAUUCCAGAAUCGAGCUAAUGGAUCCGCAGUUAUCACUUCUUAUUUGUUCAUGAAAGCCCUAUUCUUGAUCAACGUUCUCUUCCAAUUCGUGCUUCUCAAGAGAAUGUUGGGAGUGGAUUCAUAUUUCUGGGGAGCCGAAGUGACCUCCGAUUUAUGGUCUGGAAAUGAAUGGCCUGAAACAGGAAACUUCCCGCGUGUUACAAUGUGCGAGUACGAGGUUCGAAAUCUGGAUAAUAUUCAUAAGCAUUCGGUACAAUGCGUUCUCAUGAUCAAUAUGUUCAAUGAGAAGAUCUUUGUUGCACUUUGGUGGUGGUUGUGCUUCUUGACAGUUGUCACAAUUACCAACACUAUUUACUGGUUCUGGAGAGCUUCUGGAACGUCGGUCUCCAAGAAUUUCAUUCGACCAUAUGUGGAAGAUAUUGAUCCAAAAGUGAAGAAUAAUAGAGGAAAACUUCAACAAUUCGUCUCCGAAUUCCUAUCCCCAGAUACUGUAUUCAUUCUUCGACUAAUUGAAUUAAAUAACGGAAAGACACCUGUUGUCGAGCUGAUUCGUGACAUGUGGCGACGUUUCAACACAGCCGUACCGCCACCAUAUUCGGCUCCACCGCUUCUCGUAAAGGACGGUGCACCACUUCUUAAAAACUUCCAGGACGAGUCUGAAAUGUAAUGUGCCUCCUUUUCUCUGUUUUUUCUUCUCUUAUCUUACCCUUGUUUAGACCCUAAUAACUCCUUUUUACACACAUUUUUUGUUUGAUUUGAUAUAAUAAAAUGGCUUUUAUGAU